AUGUCUGACGAUAUUGUUUGGCAAUUAAUCAAUAAUCAGUUUUGCUCCUACAAGCUGACGACAGACAAAGGUCAAACUUUCUGUCGUAAUGAAUAUAACGUUACCGGUCUUUGUAGCAGACAAGCGUGUCCGUUGGCAAAUUCCAAGUAUGCCACAGUGAAGAGCGUGAAUGGGAGACUGUAUAUAUACAUGAAGACUGCGGAGAGAGCUCAUACUCCAGCUAAAAUGUGGGAAAGAAUCAAGCUUUCGAAGAAUUAUUCGAAGGCACUACAGCAGAUUGACGACCAUUUGCUAUACUGGAACAAAUUUUUGAUUCACAAGUGUAAGCAAAGAUUGACCAAAUUGACACAGGUUGCUAUCACAGAGAGACGCAUGGCCUUGAGGGAGGAAGAGAGACAUUAUGUUGGAGUGGCGCCAAAGGUGAAGAGAAGAGAGGAAAACCGUGAAAGAAAGGCAUUGAUUGCGGCUAAGAUUGAAAAAUCCAUUGAGAAGGAAUUGUUGGAUAGAUUGAAGAGUGGCGCGUACGGUGAUAAACCUCUGAACGUGGAUGAAAAGAUCUGGAAAAAGGUCAUGGGCCACAUGGAAGAUGAGAACGAAGCUCAAGAAGAUGAAGAGAACUGGGAAGAAGAAGAGGAAGAGGAGAGCGAUGAGGGUGAAGUUGAAUAUGUGGAGGAUGAAGGUGACGAUGAUCUGGUGGACUUGGAAGACCUGGAAAACUGGUUGGAUGGUUCGAACUCUGAUAGAGAUGCAUCUGAAGAGGAGAGCGAUGAUGAGAGUGAUGAGGACUCUGAUAGCGGGGAAGAGGAUGAGGGUAAGAAGAAGAAGAGAAAGAUUACUUCUGCCAAGAGACGUCCAAAGAUCGAAAUCGAAUACGAAGAGGAACAGGCACAACCAGCAGCUCAAGAGAUUGCUCGCUAG